AAUCAAGUCAUGCCGACCAAUCCCAUCGCGCCAGUGCUUGUCGAACAGUAGCUCUCGUCGGCCCACACGGGAACACUAGACAAAGCCCUCUCUUGCCCUCCGUUUGACGAAGUUCAUAUACACAAAUAAACGCCUUUUUUCUUUGAAGAACUCGUAUCCCUCUCAUGGAGGAUCGUAAGGAGAAGAAUGCUCCCUGGUUAUCAGUGCCACAAUUUGGGGGCUGGGACCCGAAUGCACAGGUGCCAGACUACUCCCUGGAUUUCUCAAAAAUAAGGGAAAAUAGGAAGCAAAACAAGAUGCAUUUGUCUAGAGCGAGUCUUGGAAACGAGGAAGAGCUGAUUGCCUCAUCCACCACAACCAGUACCAGUGGAAGCAACCCUCAAAUUGAUCAGCACUGCCAUCAGAGCCAGCACUCUCCAACUGCAAGGAGGAGCUUUUUCAGCUACUUCAACUGUUGCGUGAAAGCCUGAGACUCGAGAACACAUUAUUACAUGUUUUCGAGCUGAAGCUUAGUGAUAUAUUUGUAUUGAGAAACUAAAUUUCUUUUGCUUAAAUGUUUUGGGUUUCUCGUCUUUACUGUUUGAUCAAAUGUGAAUCGGAUUUCUCGCUUAUGACCCUCGAGAUCUUUUUAUCGAGCAUAAUGGUGCGAAUUGAGCUUUAA